AUGCCAAACCUCUCCUACUUCGAUGAGGUGUACUACCCCGACGCCACUUUCGACUACUGCAAUGUCACCAUGACCUACUCCCACCGCGGCAAGGACGACAAGGUCUUAUUGAACUUCUGGCUUCCUACCCAGAGCAGUUCCAGAAUCGUUGGCUUCGAUGAUGUCUUUCCUUUGGUUAACGGAACUUCCAACCUGGAUGCUCUGUACAUGUUCGGUUACCAGGCUCACCAUGAGAUGUCUUCCAUUGGUAAGGCACUCACGAAGAACUUCUACGACAUCUCGGACAAGAAGCUUUACGCAUACUAUCAAGGGUGCUCUGAGGGUGGUCGUGAAGGAUUCAGUCAAGUCCAGCGCUUCCCCGAAGAGUGGGAUGGUGCCGUUAUUGGUGCCCCUGCAGUUCGCUACGGUCAGCAGCAGGUGAAUCACCUAUUCCCCCAGGUUGCUCAGCAAACUGCUGGAUACAUUCCACCGUACUGCGAACUGGAGAAGAUUGUGAACCUCACCAUCUCUGCGUGUGACGCUCUUGAUGGUAAGGUGGAUGGUCUUGUUGGACGCACCGAUCUCUGCAAGCUUCACUUCGACUUCAACUCGACUAUCGGCGCUAGCUACGACUGUGCUGCCACCUCUGCAACUCUGCGCAAGAGACAAAUGCCCUCCGCCGCUAAUCCUGCUCAAAACGGUAUCGUGACUAAGGAGGGUGCAGACCUAGCUGCCAUAAUCUAUAAUGGCUUUAUGGACAGCGAUGGCCGCCGAGCUUACUUUUGGUACCAGUAUGGCUGUGAGAUGACCGAUGCCGAAACUGUGUAUGAUUAUACUACUGGAAAAUGGGGUAUAGAUAUUUCUGAACUCGGUGGUGAGUGGGUUACUCGUGGCUUGGAGCUGCUCGCAGAGGACAACCUCUCCACCCUGGACGGCGUCACCUACGAUACUCUCCGUGAUUGGAUGCUGGAAGGCUGGCAACGCUACGAAGAUGUCUUGCAAACCACCUGGUCUGACCUGAGCCCCUUCGAAGCUGCUGGCGGCAAGAUCAUCUCUUACCACGGUGAAUCCGACAACAGCAUCCCCCCUGCCUCUUCCGUCCGCUUCCACGAGUCUGUUCGCUCCACUAUGUAUGGGAAUGAGUCAUUCGCGGAGGGCACCGGCAGCAUCAAUGACUGGUACCGCCUUUUCUUGGUCCCUGGUGCUUCUCACUGUGACACCAAGUCCCUACAGCCCAACGCUCCUUUCCCGCAGACCAGCCUUGGUUCACUGAUCGACUGGGUUGACAAGAGGGAGAUGCCUGUCACUCUUAACUCUACUAUCUUGUCUGGCGAUCACAAAGGUGACCAGCAGCAGCUGUGUGCUUGGCCUCUACGUCCUCUUUGGAAGAACAACGGAACUAUCAUGCACUGUGUCUUUGACAAGGCCUCGUAUGAUACUUGGAUAUACGAUUUUGACGCUUUUCCCUUGCCUGUCUACUAA